UCGGCUGAGCAGGAGUAGCCAGGGAGGAGAACAACGGAGCAGCUCUUUAAUCCAAACAAACCCGGUGGUUAACGUUAGUAAACAGUUAUAGGACAGUAGAAAGGGAGUUCAGGAUAGUUUUUGUUCUUUCAUAAUCUUACAUGAUAGUUUAGAACGGAUGCAGCGGUGAUAUCCACUCCUAGCGGCAGCUGAUGGCGGUGCUUUUUAGCAUGAGCUAGCCGGUUAGCUGGUUUACACUAACAGGGGGAAGCUUUGUGACAAACUGCUGAUAACACCCAGUAGACAGAGGAAAGAAAAGAUUAAAAAAAAACUUAAAACUUGAGAUUGAAUCUGGUUUUACUAAUAGGUGCCGCUGUGUUGUACGUAAUAAGCAAGUUAGCAGUAGUUUGUUGAGACUAGCUAACUUAGCUAUUGUUUAGGUGGUCUCAGGCUGACAUCUGGAAAUACUGGCUCUGUGUUGCUUUAGCUAACAUCGCUAGAAAAACACAAUGAGCUCUGAAGAUACUGCAGCGUCUACUAAAGCCACACCGGAGGAUGAUGGCAUGACAUGGUGGUACCGAUGGCUCUGCAAAAUAGCUGGGGUUUUGGGAGGAAUAUCCUGUGCCGUCUCAGGAGUCUGGAACUGUGUCACUGUGAACCCUUUAAACAUUGCUGCAGGAGUAUGGAUGGUGUUGAAUGCCUUUGUGCUGUUCCUAUGUGAAGUCCCAUUCUGUUGCCAGUUCAUAGAGUUUGCUAAUGCAGUAGCAGCCCGUGCAGACAAACUCAAGCCUUGGCAGAAGUCGUUCUUCUACUGUGGGAUGGCUCUGUUUCCCGUAUUCUUGAGUUUCUCCUUUACAACCUUGUUUGGAAACGCCAUCGCCUUUGCUACAGGAGUUCUGUAUGGACUUGCAUCUUUAGGCAAAAAGGGAGACGCAGUGACUUACGCCAGACUGCAGCAUCAGAAACAGGGGGAUGAGGAGAGGAUGACGGGAACGACAAACGGGGCCCCGGAGUGAGGAGCCCCUCCUCUUCCUCUCUUCAGUUCUUGCAGAUUACUUUUUCUCCCUGUCCUUCAUCCAUCCUACCUCUUCCUCCAUGCUCCUUUCCUGUUUCCCGUUCUGACACUACAUGACAAUGGCACUGGGUUUAUUUAUUUACUGAAACUGCUGCAUUCUUGUUGUCCUGACCUAAUUGUAUCUAAACAGUGGGAUUUCUCAUUGUGACUUCAAACCUUUGAUUAUAAGUGUUGUUUUUAUGUUUUUACUUCUUCCUAUCGCUAUCGUUAUAUUUAUUAUUAGUUUCCCUUUGUUGUUUGUUGCCGUCAGUCCUAAAAAGCAUUUUCACAGGAAAAAUGUGAGGUGCAUCUUUGUAGCCCAAAAGCCUUUUCAGGAAAUCCAAAUAGAAAUUAAUGUGAUUGUAAAAUGUACAUAAUUGACUUCAGGUUAUUUAGUAUGACUUUGAGGCUGUGAUUCAGAGUUGUCUGAUUUAGAGAGUGCACUGGUGUUCAGACUUUGGCUGUGUGCGUCAUCCUGGUUUUGGCAGCACUCCCAAAUAUUAAUAUCAGCUCUUUUGCAGCUCUAACCUCACUGUCAACACAAAGUUUUGGGCAGUGGGGUUUAUGUGAAUGUAUGAAUGAUUCAUAGAAGAAAGUAUCUGCCCAUUUUUGCAUUAAAAGUCAAGGCAACAGUGAAAACUGGUGCUACAAAGGUUCUAUUUCCAUUUGUGAAUGGCUUGUACGAAACUUAUUUAGGUCAAUACAGACUAAGCAUUGGAUUAGAUAACAAAUUAAGAUCUGUGUGUAUUUGUUGUAUUUGUUUUGUUUUAAUAAUCAGUAAUUUUCAUUAUUUUGAACAGGACUAGAUUACCAAUUUUAAUAAGAGAAACUGCCUGCCUUUAUUAAUUAUUCACUUACAUCAGAGAUCUGUAAGUAACCUCAGUUUUUACCUUUAUUAGUCUGCGUUUGAGUAUCUGCGUACCGAUAGGCUCUUUGUGUUGUGUUUUCUUUUUAGUAGGUUACAUUUAAAGGACCAGUGUGUACAAUUUAGCUCAAUCAGCAGAAACUGAAUACAAUAGUCAUAGUCAUGUUUUCAUUUCUGUAUAAUCACCUGAACCUAAGAAUUGUUGUGUUUUCAUUGGCUUAGAAUGAGCCCUUCAUGGAUCCCGCUGAGAACUUGACUUGUCCUAAACACGUGUGAAAAGAUCGUGAGUGGAUGGGGAACGUUUAGGGUUAGAAUAACCCAUCAGUCAGCCAUUAGGACCUGACCUAUGCACAAAAUUGACAUUGACAGAGGAGAUGAAGGGGUAAGGCGAGGUGAAGGGUGUUCAUUUGCCUGCAAUCUGCAACAUCACCAAUUGAUGCCACUAAAUCCUACACACUGGGCCUUUCAGCAAGUACACAAUGAGCAACGUUGGAUUUAUUGAAGUGUGGCACUUUGAUUUCAUAGCCUUUGAUCAACAAUCUUGAAAAGACUUCAACUAACAAAUUUACUUUUUGAGUCACCCAAACUUUCUUAAGUAUUGAGCAUCCCAAAAGAAAAUAAGAGUUAUUUUGGUUUUACAGUAUUACACUCACUGUGCAUACACAACUCUGAACUGCAGCCAGAAUUUUUAAACAUAGAUAGGCAUUAUGGACUGUUUUAACAUUUGGGAAUGUAUAUACCCAAAGAUGAAAGACCGUUCUUUAUUUUUGUUUUCUGUUUUAAUUUGUUAAUUUUUUUUUGUUGCUUUAAGCUCAGACGUGGCAUUCCUGCACUAAACUUUUGGUAGCAUGGACUCUGGUAAAGAGGGAAUUUCGUUAAAAGCUUACAGUGCAUGGGACAGCUUGUUUACAUAUGAUUCCUCAUGAUUAAGCAGCCAGUAGCCAAGUUGCGGUUGCCGAUUUUGUGGUACAUGAUGUGAUGUAAAAACUGGAAUGUGCGCUUAUUUGUUCUCCUUUUUAAAACAUGCACCUUUUCUUGUUUUAGAAUCUGUUCCUGGAUAUCUGCUAUAUUUAUUAUGAGUCUUAAUUAGUACACUCUAUCAAAACCAAUUAAAUUUUAAUGAGGAGAAGUGUCUUGAUUCAGGGACUAAUUGGUCUGCAUCCCACACAAUUAGAGCCAUUGUCACUCAUAUGAGGUAUGCAGUGGUCAGCAAUGUACGUUUUGCUUUUGUGUUUUUUUGCCUUGCCUCUGGUGUGUCAUCAGUAAUAAGGAUGUUUUGGGAAUAACUGUUUACACGUACCUCUUACAGCUGUUUCUUAAGUCUAUUACUGGCUGCUAAGUGACCGGAUUAUACACACAUUACCACCAGCUCUCAGGUAUCAUAGUUAAAAAAUGCACAGCUUACAGAUACAAAGUAGUUUAUGCAUAGAUCACAGAUAUACAAUGACUUAGCGAACAAAUAAGCAUGACUCUGUGAAAGUAUAAUUUGAGCAUUUGUGAAACAUUUAAAACAUGCACAACCAGCAUUCACGAAUGAUUAAACACUACAUGCACACCAGCAGUAUGCUCCAGUCGAACACUACACACUCUUACACUACAAAUUUAAUAAGACGUAAAAACAAUAAACACUCAGUUCCUUGUCCACAGCCAUCCUUUUCUUUAUUGCAGUGAAUGUAUCCAAGACUGCUAUGAUUUGUUUGAAUUUACAUCUGCAGGUGUUGAGUGCAUUGCUGUAAGGGAUAUGUGUAUAAUGUGUGUUGUGAUGUGAAUCCUGAUCCUGUUAAUAAUUAGUGAAUUAAACAGAC